AUGGAAGAAGAACAGCCCAGUGUCGUAAUUAACGGCAAUCUCGAGGAUAUCGAGCCCGAGUACGAGUACGACGAUUCCGAUGCUGAAGACAAGGAAGUUGCCGAUCUAACCGAAAAGAAAACCGUCACAUUUUCUGCCGACCUGGGUGACGGGAUGACCGCAGAAGAGCGCCGCCAAAAAGAAUUUGAGGAGGGCGGCGGUCUGCCUGAGCAGCCUGACAACCCCGAUUUCAGCAAGCUGAAUCCUCUCAGCCCGGAGAUCAUCCAGCGUCAGGCCACAAUCAACAUUGGUACCAUUGGCCAUGUUGCUCACGGUAAGUCGACGGUUGUGAAGGCGAUUUCCGGCGUCCAGACCGUUCGUUUCAAGAACGAGCUGGAGCGUAAUAUUACCAUUCGUUUGGGUUAUGCCAAUGCCAAGAUCUACAAGUGUGUCGACGACUCGGUCGAGCGGCCGGCUUGCUACAAAUCGUUCGGGUCGGGCAAGGAGAUCCGCCCUGUUGUUGACGGCAAGGCUUAUGAGCUGGUGCGCCACGUUUCGUUUGUCGACUGUCCCGGUCACGAUAUUCUCAUGAGUACUAUGCUUUCGGGUGCUGCGGUCAUGGAUGCUGCCCUGUUGCUUAUCGCAGGCAAUGAGCCGUGCCCCCAGCCCCAAACCUCUGAGCACUUGGCUGCUAUUGAGAUUAUGGCUCUUUCCCACGUUAUUAUUUUGCAAAACAAGGUCGAUCUUAUGAAGGAGGAUGCAGCAGCCGAGCACGAGACGUCCAUUAUCAAAUUCAUCAAGGGCACGACCGCGGACGGUGCUCCCAUUGUGCCUAUUUCUGCCCAGCUCAAAAUCAACAUCGACGCGGUCAACGAGUUUAUUGUUGAAAAGAUCCCGGUUCCUUUAAGAGACUUUACUGCGGCCCCCAAGCUCAUUGUUGUUCGUUCGUUCGAUGUGAACAAGCCUGGUUCUGAAAUCGACGAUCUUAAAGGCGGUGUUGCCGGUGGCUCUAUUGUUAAUGGUGUUUUGCGUCUCGGCGACGAGAUCGAGAUUCGACCCGGUAUCGUCCACCGCAACGACAACAAGGUCGAGUGCCACCCCAUCCGCUCCCGCGUGCUCACAUUGUUUGCCGACGACAACGAUCUCAAAUUCGCCGUGCCCGGUGGUUUGAUUGGUGUCGGCUCCAAGAUCGACCCCACCCUCUGCCGUGCCGAUCGCCUGGUCGGCCAUGUUCUAGGCUACGUGGGCAAGCUGCCGGAGGUUUAUAUUGAGCUCGAGUGCAACUACUUCUUGCUCCGCCGCUUGCUUGGUGUCAAGACCGAGGACAAGAAGCUCGCAAAGGUCCAGAAGCUCACAAAGGGCGAGGUUCUUAUGGUCAACGUCGGAUCAACCACUGCCGGCGCCCGCGUCACCUCCGUCAAGGCCGAUAUGGCCAAGCUUCUGCUCACCACCCCGGCCUGCGCCCUGGUCGGCGAGAAGAUCGCUUUGUCCCGCCGUAUCGAGAAGCAUUGGCGUCUCAUUGGUUGGGGUACCAUCAAGGCCGGACAAACGCUGGACGUGGAGUAG